AUGAGCGAGACAGAUGAAAAGGCAAUACGAAACGAAUUUAGAAAGUGUUAUGUGGAAUUUGUAAGCUACUUGUUUAAAAAAUUUCCGAACGAUAAUAUAUUAUUGCAAGAUGUGGAAUAUUUAAUUCCAGCUGAGGAAUAUUCGUGUCUAAUAAAGGAACCGAUGCAGUCGUUCGAAUUGCAAUCACAAAUAAGCCCUGAAGCUCUGGCUGAUAAAAUUAAAGCUCAGUGGCGAAAUUAUCAAUUAGAAAAUAUAGACAAGUCUUUUUAUACUGAAACAAAAAACGGAUUGGAAAAAUUUAAAAGAUUGGAUGAAUACUGGGAUAAAGUUAGGUCAAUUAAAGAUAUUGUUGGUCAAUAUAAAUACACACAGUUAGCUUUAAUGGCUAGGAUCGUUUUGACUAUCAGCCACGGAAAUGCAAACGCUGAACGGGGUUUUAGUUUGAAUAAAUACAUUUUGAAUGAUAAAAAUUCGCUUGAUAAAUCAACAAUAAUUGCCCUAAGGAUGAUCAAAGAUAAUCUCAAAGAUUCUCAGGCAGUCAAAAAUUUCCCCAUGUCAGUUACACUUCUACAAAUGGUCGGAAAUGCAAAAAGAAAAUACACAGAGUACUUAGAAACACAAAAAUUGUUGGAACAAAACAAAGUCCAAAAACAAAAUGAACAGAAGAUACAAGAAACAGAAGAGAGGAAUAAAAGAAGAAUCCAUGAUGAUAUAGAUGUGCUAAAUGAUGACAUAAUAAGGAAAGAAUCACAGUUGUCGAUUGCAAAGCAAAUGCUAAAUGACGGUAAUACAAAUUUAAAAAAAGCCAUGGGUGCAAUACUUUUUAAAAAGGAACCGGUAAUUCGGGCGCAGCAAAUGAUUGCAAUGGGUUUGCAGAAAGUCAAUGAUAUAACUAAGGAGCUUUCAACUAUUGAAACAAAAAAAAGGGAUUAGAG